GUCCCUCCUGCCUCGGGCCGACGCGAUUCCCGAGAGCUGCUGCAACCGGGAGAACCCGCGACGGAGCGCUGCCGGCUUCCCUGCUGACAGACAGGUGUCUGCCAUGGCUGAAGAAUCUCCCAAAAAUUCUGCAGCGGAAAUUCCAGUAACUAGUAAUGGGGAAGUUGGUGAUGCCCACGAACAUGGCUAUAAUAGGGAUUUGAAGCAUUCAUUACCAUCUGGACUUGGACUCUCAGAAACUCAAAUUACAUCUCAUGGCUUUGACAGUACCAAAGAGGGGGUUACUGAAGCAGGAUCAUCCCAAGGUUCCUCAGCACCACCUUUGCCAUGUGUUCUGUCACCCAGCAGGGUGGCAGCUAGUCAGCUGACCCAGCACGCAGGUGAUCUGACUGUUCCUGCAGGUGGCCAAAGAACACACACAAAAGGUGGACCAGUUAUUUUAGCAGAUGAAAUUAAAAAUCCUGCAAUGGAGAAGUUAGAACUUGUUAGAAAAUGGAGUCUCAACACAUACAAGUGUACUCGGCAAAUUAUAUCUGAGAAACUAGGCCGUGGCUCAAGAACCGUGGACCUUGAACUUGAAGCUCAGAUUGACAUAUUAAGAGAUAAUAAGAAAAAAUAUGAAAACAUUCUGAAACUGGCUCAGACCUUGUCGACGCAGCUUUUCCAGAUGGUACAUACCCAAAAGCAACUUGGAGAUGCAUUUGCUGACCUGAGUUUGAAGUCUCUAGAACUCCACGAAGAAUUUGGCUAUAAUGCAGAUACACAGAAGCUGCUGGCUAAAAAUGGAGAGACUCUUCUUGGGGCCAUUAAUUUUUUCAUUGCUAGCGUGAACACCUUGGUGAAUAAAACAAUUGAAGACACACUAAUGACAGUAAAACAGUACGAGAACGCCAGAAUUGAAUACGAUGCAUAUCGCACUGAUUUGGAAGAACUGAAUCUUGGACCUCGUGAUGCAAACACUCUGCCAAAAAUUGAGCAGUCACAGCAUCUGUUCCAAAUACACAAGGAAAAAUAUGACAAAAUGCGCAGUGAUGUUUCUGUCAAAUUGAAAUUUCUUGAGGAAAAUAAGGUUAAAGUGUUACGCAAUCAGCUGGUCCUUUUCCACAGUGCUGUUGCUGCCUACUUUGCUGGGAAUCAGAAGCAGCUUGAACAGACUCUUAAGCAGUUCCAUGUCAAAUUGAAAACCCCAGGAGUGGAUGCCCCGUCUUGGCUUGAAGAACAGUAAACUCACCAGGAAAGAAGGACAGUGUAUUGUUAAACAACUAAUAAACUAGUAAGAGUGAAGUAAUGUGGGAGGUGUGAGGUGACCACCAUCGUAGUGGCUCCUGCACAGAUAGCUUUUAAUUUCCCUUUUCAUACCGUAACAAUUGAGCUGUUAAAUUUGAUGGGAAGGUAGGUGAUUUUUAUGUAAACAUAAUUUCUAUAAUUCUAAACAUAAUAAUCUUCCUUUUUGAGAAAUCCUUUUUGUACUGUGAGGGUUGAUGGCUAUUUCUGUAGUUUGAAAUAUUUAAUAUAGAUUUGCACUGACAAGAUAAAAGUUCAAGGCUUUUUGGGUCCCAGAAAUGAGGGCCAGCUAUAGUUUUCCAAGGGAGGUUUACAUGAUUUGUAUCAGUGUCAGAUAUUUUAUAUAUGAAUAUAUUCAACAUCUUUAAGAAGUUCAUGUUUGUGUAUUAUCUUUUAAAAAAAGAAGCUAUUUUGCAGAGUAAGUUUUAUGGUGUCCUGCAGUCUCACCCCAGGGACAGCUUGAAUAAAUGAUUGAUUGGCCCAUAGCUUGUUGCAGACACACUCUAAAAUUUAAUUUGUAACACUGUAAUUUUGUUUAGAUAUUUUUAAAGGCCCGGGAGUCACACUGUCAUAAUUUUUACAACGUAUUUAAACUCAUGAAUUUGACAGUUGUGUUUGCAAUUUUGAUUUAUAAUGAAAUCUGCUUAAGAGGGGUAGGUUUGUUUGUUUGGGGUUUUUUUUUAUUUACAUGUGGACAGAAUGGAAAUUCUUAGCAGUUUCUAGAGUAGAAAUUUGUACAUUAAACAGCUAGUUUGGGAGUAAAUUCCAUUUUGAUAGAAGAGAAUUUUCAGACCAUGUUCAUUGGCUUCCAUGCGUGGCUAUACCACUUAAGCCUUAAAUCACAGAUACGUGCCUUCGCAGAUGCAGUAAUUCUUGCCCAACCAUUGUACAUACAUGGAGAAACUCCUACAGAUGACUCGAUUCCUCUGUAAUGGAGGGAUUUUUUCUUUUGUCCUCAUAAAACCACACUUGAGGAGGAUGGCGAAACCAACUUUUUAAUUUUUUGUUUGGUUUCUCUUGAUUCCUCUUGAAGAAGGGGAUGAUGGGAGAAUGUUUUCCACUUGGUUCAUGAAAAGAUUGUAUAACGUGUGUGGCGGUCAUAGGAAGGGAGGAUCCGGUGCUGGGUUACUUGUGCAGCACUUGGUCUUAUGUAUGUGGUUGGCGUGUCUACUGUGGUUCCUCAGUGAUGUAAUCUUGGUUAAAUGUAAAGUUCCUUGAUUUUGUCAUACGUAUAAAUGAGUAUUCUCAGAGAUACCACUUCACCUGUUAUUUCUAUUGUGUCGAAAUGAAGUACUUAAAAUUACUGUCAUACGUGACCUUUGUGGACUGUAUGAUGUGUUACAUUUUUAGCUGGCCUUUUUUAUUAAUACGCCUGUUUUGAGUGCUUAAUAUAAUGUGAUGUGAUUGUAAGUCAUGAGCCUGUUUUAAAUCAUUCCCUCCUGUGUACGUGUACUCUGAGAGCUCUGUUUUAUUCUUCCAGCAGAGUAACCUGCAAUGGUUAGUUACACUCCGAGUGUGCCUCUGUGUGAAUCCUGUCCUCUUAUUAAAGUGGCUGCUGCAGUA